AUGGGCGACGAUGGCGUGGUGCAGUUUCAGAGCACCGUCUAUCACGGCCAGCCAGUGACUGUGGUUCGCGACGAGAAGGGCCACACCGUCUAUCCCACCUACGUCCCUCCGGCCACCGAGUCCCCGACCACGCCCACGUCGCCCACGCCGCCGCGAGCGCUCCAAGAUGAAGACAUCGCACCCGACUCCGGCCUCCUCCAGCCCAACCCCGGACUCUCAGCGCGCCCAAGCGCGUCCGUCUCAAGGCAAUGGGCUACCGAGCUGCCACUGCGCCGAGACAGAAGCAACUCAAGCGUCUCUAUCGUCCUGCCGCCCAUCAGGCGCGCAGGCACACAUAAGCCGCGCCACUACUCCGACGCUGGACUGCUGCGUGAUAUUGACCCGUCGAGCAGCGAGUCAUCGUCGGACGACGAGACCGUCGGUUCAGAAGCCGCAAAGUCCACGACCAAGAAGCGGUCGCGCAAGCACAGAUUCGACAAAGACCACUUUCGGCGCUUUCAAGUGGGAAACGAGCACUAUCACACCAAGGGGAAAGUCUCGAAGCACGACGGCCGACUAAACAUCUCGGUCAAGGACACGAGCAACACGGGCUAUCUGGCAAAGGCCCUCGGCACGGCGGUCAAGAGAGUGGUGCCCCUGAAGAAUGGCGUCGACGGCGCUAAUGGGUCACGCCCCUAUGCAGUAGCGAGGCUGUCAUCGGCCUCGACGGCGGCCGGCCCGGAAACCUUCUCGGGCCCCAAGCUGAACAUCGUCAUCAUGGUCAUCGGCUCGCGCGGCGACGCACAGCCCUUCCUUAAGAUUGGCAAGGUGCUGAAGGAGCAGUACGGCCACCGCGUGCGCAUCGCCACGCACCCGGCCUUCCGCGAGUUCGUCGAGAAGGACUCGGGCCUAGAGUUCUUCUCGGUGGGGGGCGACCCGUCGGAGCUGAUGGCCUUCAUGGUGAAAAACCCCGGCAUGAUACCGACCCUCGAGACGGUCAAGGCGGGCGACAUCGGGAAGCGGCGGGCUGCCAUGGCCGAGAUGUUUGCCGGCUUCUGGAGGGCCUGCAUCAACGCCACCGACGACGAACACGACACGCACAACAUCAAGAUGAUGGGGUCCAAGGACCCCUUUGUUGCCGACGCCAUCAUCGCGAACCCGCCGAGUUUCGCCCACAUCCACUGCGCCGAAGCUCUGGGGAUUCCCCUGCACCUCAUGUUCACGUUUCCAUACACGCCAACCCAGGCCUUCCCGCACCCUCUCGCGAGUAUCAAGAGGUCGAAUGUCGAUCCCGGAUACGCCAAUUUCAUAUCGUACCCGCUGGUCGAGAUGAUGGUCUGGCAAGGGCUUGGAGAUCUCAUCAACGACUUCCGAGUGAACACGCUAGCUCUGGAUCCGCUGUCGACCCUGUGGGCGCCUGGCGCCACCUACCGCAUGCAUGUCCCCUACACGUACCUCUGGAGUCCUGGAUUGGUUCCUAAGCCUGCAGACUGGGGCGACGAAAUCGACAUCUCCGGCUUCGUGUUUCUCGAUCUUGCAUCUGCAUUCCACCCCCCUGACCCGCUGACCAAGUUCCUCGAGGCCGGCGAGGCACCGAUCUACAUCGGGUUCGGCUCCAUCAUCGUUGACGAUGCAGACCGCUUUACGCACAUGAUCUUCGAGGCUGUCAAGAUGGCGGGCGUCCGCGCUCUGGUAUCGAAAGGCUGGGGUGGCCUCGGGGGCGACAGUCUCAACGUCCCCGACAACAUUUUCCUCCUAGACAACACGCCACACGACUGGCUCUUCCCUAAAAUGCGCGCCUGCGUGAUCCACGGCGGUGCCGGCACCACAGCUAUCGCGCUCAAGUGCGGGAAGCCAACCAUGAUCGUCCCUUUCUUCGGCGACCAGAACUUCUGGGGGUCCAUGGUCGGCACUGCCAAGGCCGGCCCCGAGCCGGUGCCGUACAAGAGCCUCACGGCCGAGAACCUAGCCAAAGGCAUCAAAUACUGCCUUACUGAUGAGGCGGCCGAAGCCGCCCGCGAGCUCGCCAAAGGGAUCGAGCUCGAGGGCGACGGCGCCGAGAAUGCCUGCAAGUCUUUCCACAAGCAUAUGGCCAUGUCGGGCACGAACUCAGUCCGCUGCUCGAUCCUGCCCAACCGCGUAGCGGUGUGGCUGCUGAAGAACACGAGCCUGCGGCUCAGCACCAUGGCGGCCGACUUCCUCGUCCAGCGCGGCUACAUUUCCUGGAAGAGGCUCCGGCUGCUCCGGCACAACGAGUGGAACGACUUUGAAGGCCCCGGCGAGCCCGUCACUGGGGUCGCGGGUUCUCUGAUGGGCACCGUUGGCAAUAUCUUUGGCGGUAUCGGCGGCGUGCCGUAUCGCGUACACAGGAGCGCGACGGAGAGGCGGGAGCGCAAUGAGAAGAGGAGGAAGAGGAAACAGAAAAAGGAGGAGAGUGCGGCGGCGGCUGCUGCUGCGAGAGAUCAUAAGGCGAAAGGCAAGGGUUCCAAAGGAGCCCGCUCGCCUGAAACGCAAGUGGUGGAUCACGCGGUCAAGACGGACGCCGAUGCUGGUGCGGGCAAAACUGCUACGAGUAACAACGGGGAGGAAGAUAAUGGCGAAGACGAGGACGAGGAAGGUCUCCGGCAGACACAUACGAAGGCCAGCAACGCCAUGGGCCGCUAUGAUACGCAAGCGACAACAGCGUCCACGACGUACACGGAAGACAACCCCGCUGAGGAGUUCGCUGCUGAGGUGGGCAAGGGGGCUUUCAAGUCGGCAGCGGCACUGGUUCGGGCGCCCAUGGACCUCUCCUUGGCGCUAGCUCAGGGCUUCCACAACGCUCCGAGGCUGUACGGAGAUGACACGGUCCGACGGCCGACGCGCGUGACAGGGAUCAAGUCGGGCCUGCGGGCGGCCAAACAUGAGUUUUUCUACGGCAUAUACGACGGCUGGACGGGAGUAGUGAGGCUGCCGUACCGUGGCGCCCGCGACGGCGGCGCGCGCGGUUUCGCCAAGGGCGUGGGCAUGGGUGUCACUGGCUUCGUCCUCAAGGACAUUGCCGCCAUCAUCGGCCCCGUUGGCUACACCCUCAAGGGCAUCGUCAAGCAGGCGCAGCGCAGCCGGCAGCCGGCCAAGCUGAUCCGCCGCGCGCGCAUCGUACAGGGCCAGCGUGAGACGCACGAGCUCGACGGAGGUCCCGCAGGAGACCGGCGCGCCAUGGAGAACGAGGUCGUCCGCGGGUGGGAAACCAUGCGCGCGCUCUGGGAGGCGCUUGAGGCCGCCGACAAGAAGGCCUCCAAGCUGCGCGGCCCGCCCGGCGUCAAGGCGCGCAUGCGCAGCGCCAGGGCCGGCCACCUCACGAGGCGCGGCCAGGGCGCGGCGUUUGAGAGCGUCGAGACGGCCAAGCGCGCACUCGCCGCCCUCAAGAGGGGCGAGGACGUCGACACGGUCAUCGGCAGGGGCAACACGGGUCGCAAUGCUGUCGUUGGCGGAAAGAGUAGCCCCGCCUCGGCUGCUGCUGCUGAGACUGAUCGGAGAAGGAGAAGCAGCGGCAGGAAGAAGAAAAGAAGGAUAAAGAAGAGGCGAAGGAGGCAGAGGUCGAGACGGCCGCGGCGUCGUCUGCAACCUUGUCCACCCCAAGCCCAAGAGGUGAGGGUCAUGAUGAUGAUGGAUAGAUGA